UAUUUUCAGCACCUCAUUUAAUUCCUAAUUCCAUUUUUAAUAUAAUGCCCCCAAUUCCGGAUGGACCUUUGGAGGAUGGAAAGACGGAAAAUGACUUAGAAUCUGCCAAAUUUACAAAAGAUAAAGAGACUGUUGAUGUUGUACAACCAACAGCUAAAUUAAUUGGUUUAACUAAAGAACAAUUAGAACAAUAUCGAAAUGAUCCAUUUUGGAAGGCAAUUCGUUAUGCUUUAUUUAUUGCUUUCUGGCUUGUCUGGUUGGCAAUGUUUGUUGGGGCAAUUCUUAUUGUAAUAAUGAGUCCAAAAUGUGUUGAUGUUGAAUGGCAAAAUAAAAUGACUGUUUAUAAAAUCUUCUCGUUGGCCUAUAAAGAUGUUGACAAUAAACUUGAUUCAAAUGCGGGUUUUGGUGAUUUUGAUGGAAUUAAGGAAAAGCUUGGAGAAAUUAAACAAAUGGGAAUUUCUGUCAUUUGGCCAUCUCCUGUUUUAAAUUAUGACAAAAACAAACUUUCGCCUGAAGCAAUUAUUGAUUUGGAAAUUUCGACAGAAUUGGGUGGACAAGAAUCGUUUAAAGAAUUAAUUAAAUCGGCACAUACAAAGGAUUUGAAGGUUUUGGUUGAUUUACCUUUAACUGUAGCUUCUGGAAAUGGAAAUUGGGUUAAACAAAAAGAAAUAAAAAAUGGACUUUUGCCAUCUACUGGUGAUGCCACUCUUUUGAAUUUAAAAAAUCCAGAAAUUCAAGAGCCCCUUUUGGCAUUGGCCCGAAACUUUGCAAAAUUAGGAGUGGAUGCAUUAAAUCUGGCAGAUUAUGGACUCUUAGGAAAAAAUUCGGAAGAUUUAAUAAAUUUUGCAAAUAAAAUUAAUUUGGAUCCAGAAUUGAAAAAUAUUCAUAUCUAUUCUGAAGCUGAAGGAAUUCAAAAUAAUGGAAAGAUUAAUUUAAUUCGUCCACUUUUUGGAACUGGAGAAAAGAAAGGAUUUAAUUCUUUAUUAACAAAAUUAAAUGAAAAUAUCGAUUCUAUUGACUUGAAAUCAAAAAAUAAUGAAAAUACUACAAAUGGAAAUGCUGAACAAAUAAUUUGGAAUAUUGGAAAUAUAAAUGCAAAGGGUUAUAGAAUUGAUCAAUUAUUGACUGAUAUUAGUUUGCCAGAUCAACGUCGACAAAUUUCUCACUUAUUUUCCCUUGUUGAGUUAUUUAUCCCUGGAUCUGUUAGUGUACUUUAUGGAGAAGAAUUAGCUGCACUAAGCGGAAAAACUGGAAAUAAAAAUCCAAAUCAAAUUGGUUAUCCAUGGGAUAAUUCGAGUACUUACACAAAAGAAAAUCAAUUUUUUGCUGUUCCACAAAUUGUCAAAAAUGGGGAUUAUGAAAGUCAAAUAAAAGAUGAAAAUUCUCCACUUAAAGUAUUUAGUAAAUUGGCCAAAUUACGUCAGCAAUCUGAUUUUGCACUUGGCCAGUUAAUUCACACUUCAUUGGCUACAAAUUUGGAUUUAUAUUUAAUAAAUCGUUACCCAUCUGGUUCUUCUGGGCAUUAUUCUUUAAUAAUUAAUUGGAGUGGAAAUGGAAAUUCAAUUUCUUUAAAAGAAUUAUUUAAUAAAAUAAAUUCUAAAAAAUUUACAAUUUUGGCUUCGACUGACAAAAAUUUUGGAGAAGAAACACAAAAAGUAUUUGAUGGUGGAGAUGAAAUGGCAGAACAAAAAAUUGUUUUCCCAGCAUUUAGUGCUUUGAUUUUGAAGUCGGAUUGAGGGAAAGUUUUUUUAAAAUAUUUUUGAUAAUUUGGUAAUU